ACUGUCACAGUGUAGAACAUAAAGUAAAAUAGAAACAACCUCUCUCCAUGACUGUCUUUCUCUUUAUCUCCUCCCCCUGAGUUCUCUUCUCUCAUGAGUUUGCUGUGUGUAUGCAGAAGGGUCAUAAGGAGACAGUGGGGGAAAAGCGGCCACUAAAGGUAGCUGGACAAACAGAGGAGGCUGGAGAGGGAUGAAGCAGUUUGUUGUGUGAGCUGUUAGCACUGCAGUCAGAGAUACUGUACAGUAGAGUAGAACACAUCCACAGAACGAUCUGCCUUCGGUACAGGGCAGGGAGCCUUCCGUCUCUCCAGUAACUACCUUGUCACUGUAGAUAUGCUGUUACCUGCAUUGCUGCUCUCUCUAUCCUGGAUUAUUGGAAAGAACUUUGCAUCUUCGGAUAAUGAGCAAUCGGACUUCUCCUGUCCUCUUGGAUAUUUCCCUUGUGGCAACAUCACAAAAUGUCUUCCUCAGUUGAUGCAUUGUAACGGAGUGGAUGAGUGUGGAAAUCAAGCCGAUGAAGAUAACUGUGGAGACAACAAUGGAUGGUCUCAGCAGCUUGAUAAACAUUUUGAGAAACAAAAUGAGAAGUUUGGGCUGAAUAUGUUUGAUUCAGACAUGAGGGCAGCGGAAUGCUUGCUUGGUGGGGUGCCAGCUUCAUGUUUGUGCCAGGCCUUAGAACUUGAUUGUGAUGGAGCCAAAUUACGCAGUGUCCCUUCUGUCUCUUCAAAUGUGACCAUGAUGUUACUGCAACAUAAUAUGUUAAAGAAACUUGGGCCAAAUGGAUUCUACCAGUAUACAGACUUGCGUAAAUUGUAUCUACAACAUAAUACAAUUAGGACUGUAUCUGUGCAUGCAUUCAGAGGUCUACACAACCUAACAAAGCUUUAUUUGAGUCAUAAUGCUAUAACCACGCUUAAACCCGGAGUAUUCCGAGAUCUCCACAAACUGGAAUGGUUAGUCAUUGAGAACAACAAAAUUAACCAGCUCUCCCCCCAGGUGUUUCUAGGAUUGGAUUCCCUUAUACUUCUAGUAAUGCUGAACAACUUCUUGGGUCGAUUGCCUGACAAACCUCUCUGUCAACACAUGCCUAAACUAAACUGGCUAGAUUUUGAAGGUAAUAACAUUCCCACCUUAAAGAACACAACCUUUAGUUCCUGCACUACGCUAACUGUCCUAGUUCUGCGUAAGAACAAAAUCCUCACCAUAAGCAGCAGCGCCUUUUCCUCCCUGUCUAGAUUGGAUGAGCUGGACUUGGCUAAUAACAGAAUCAAAGCAUUUUCUCCAUCUUUACUUAAGGACAUGAAGGAAUUAUCACAAUUGAAUAUUUCCUAUAACCCCAUACAGAAGAUUCAAGCAGACCAGUUUGAUUAUGUACUGACACUGAAAUCCCUAAGCCUUGAGGGAAUUGAAAUUCCAAAUAUCCAAAGAAGAAUGUUCUUGCCACUGAAGAACCUCACUCACAUAUAUUUUAAGAAAUUCCAGUACUGCGGCUUUGCCCCCCAUGUUCGGAACUGCAAACCAAACACAGAUGGGAUCUCAUCUCUGGAGAACCUGCUUGCAAGUAUAGUUCAGCGAGUGUUUGUGUGGGUCGUGUCUGUGGCAACCUGCUUUGGGAACAUCUUUGUCAUCUGCACACGACCUUACAUCAGAUCUGAGAACAAGCUACAUGUCAUGUCCAUCAUUUCACUUUGUUGUGCUGAUUGUUUGAUGGGACUAUACUUAUUUGUUAUUGGAUAUUAUGAUCUUAAAUACAGAGGUGAAUAUAACAUGAAUGCCCAGGCCUGGAUGGACAGUACACAGUGUCGCCUGGUUGGAUCACUAGCUAUACUCUCCACAGAGGUGUCAGUCUUACUUCUUACCUAUUUGACUUUGGAAAAGUACAUUUGUAUUGUAUAUCCUUUCCGGUGUCUGAAGCCUGGAAAAUGCCGGACGAUCACAACGCUAAUACUUAUUUGGAUUAUUGGUUUUGUUAUUGCGUUUAUACCCCUCAGCAAUGAUAAUUUUUUCCACAACUACUAUGGUACAAAUGGGGUCUGCUUCCCACUACACUCUGAGCAACCCGAGAGCACUUCAGCUCAGAUCUAUUCUGUCAUCAUCUUCCUCGGUGUGAACUUGGCAGCUUUCAUCAUCAUUGUGUUUUCCUACAGUAGCAUGUUCUAUAGCAUCCAUCAAACUGCAAUAAUGGCAACUGAAAUUCACAAUCACAUCAAGAAAGAAAUGACCCUGGCCAAGCGUUUCUUCUUCAUCGUCUUCACAGAUGCACUCUGCUGGAUACCCAUUUUCAUACUUAAACUUCUAUCACUGCUUCAAGUUGAAAUACCAGGUUCCAUCAGUUCUUGGGUUGUGAUCUUCAUACUGCCAAUAAACAGUGCUCUGAAUCCCAUUAUUUAUACCAUUACAACCAGACCAUUUAAAGAAAUGAUUGGUCAGAUUUGGAAUAACUACAAACAACGUCAUUCAAUUGGGAAUAAUAAACAGAAAGCUUAUUCACCCUCAUAUUUUUGGGUGGAAAUGUGGCCACUACAAGACAAUUCUCCAGAGACAAUAAGACCUGAACUGUAUACAGACUCUGAAGUCUCAGUCACCACUCAUCCAACAAGGAUGAGCUACACAUAACACCUACAGCAGUAGGAAGAAUCGUUCUAGACUAUCCAAAAUGGGCAAGUGGACCUUAAAAGGAAACGGGUCAUUCACUCUUCUUACCAGUAUUCAUGUCUGACUGGACAAUAGAGAGAACUGGGACAAUCCUCUAAUCAGGAUUCAGUGAUAAUGGGAGGACAAGAUUAUAGAGUUUAUAUAUAUAUAUAUAUAUAUAUAUAUAUAUUUACAGUGAUGUCUGGAUUCAACCACUGAAAGACUGAAGCACAGCAAGGAUUGGAACAUAGACACAUGAUAAUGCCAGCAAAUACAUAGUUAAUCACUAUAUACUGUAUGCCAGAAAGGCUGUACACCAGGGCUCUACUCCAAUACAACACCGUUACCAGCUACACCCCAGAAACUGUAUUUGUAGACAACAUGCAGCUAGGAUGCUAUUGUAUCAGUAUGUAACUGGAUGAGUUGUACAUUAAGUGAUAAUAGGAUCUAUUCAUGAAAAAUC